GUCAGAAGUGCCAGCUUGAUCGCAGAUCCGGGCCAGACCUGUUUCCUAUGGGCCUGGGCCAAAUAAACCACACCACAAUCGAGCCAGCUAUGGCAUGCCAUCACAUAGAUGGUUGCUGAGACACGUUUCUGGCAGAAAGAGCUGCAGGAACAGACCGAGCGCCACCUGGAAAGGAUCAGGGAUCUGGUAGCACAGCUGUGGGCCUGGGCACCACUCCCACAGGUGUAUCGCGAUGGUGGUGAAGCGGUGGAGGAGCUGCGUGGGGCACCUCAGCACCUGGAAAGUGUAGACAAACCAUGCGAGGGUCUGUGCCGGCUGGAGGAGGGAGAGAAGCCGGGUGAAAGGCUACUCCUGCAAGAAGAAGUGGAGGAGAAGCUGCCAGAGGUAGAGAAGUCGCUACGGGAAGGUCUGCUCCAGCCGGGAGCAGUGGAGGAGACACUCCAGCCGGAGGGGGAUGAGGCGCGACAGGGUCCGUGGCCACUGGAGGGGCAGAAGUCACCCCAUCUGGAAGUGCAGGAGGUGUGCAAGGGUUCGUUCCAGCUGGGAACGGUGGAGCAGCCACUCCAGCCGGAUGUGGAGGAGGUGAACGAGGGUCCGCACCAGCUGGAAGCGGUGAUGAUUAUCACACAUUUAAUAUCCAUUUGUGACAACUGCAAGUGUCCAGAGUCGGGACAGACUGAAGAACCCACUGCUGCACAUCAUCUGCGAGGCUUUGCACCCCUGAUUAUCCACCAGGAAAAGUGAAGGACUGCUAGAAAAGUUUAAAAUAACUGUCUGUGCUGAAUCUCAUUGAGGUAAUGUUAUAAUAAUUGUAUCACUUCACUGUUUUCAGUGUGGGAGAAAGUACUCAGGGCCUUCAAGUUAAACACUAUGAAAGUUUUAUAUUCAGAAACUUAAACUAUGUAAGUAUCAGCAGCAGAAUGCACCUAAAAAUAAAUGUUUGUUUCAGUUCUAUGAAGCUUUGAGUAUUUUGGAUUAGUAGCACUGCUGUGUUUGUUGCAUCAUAUUG